AAAGGUAUAACCCAUAAUGCCCUCAGAAGUGGUUCGAUCCCAACCUUAUCCUUGUAGCUAGAUGUUUCCUAUAUAUAGAUGUCAUAUGCACAAAAGCUUUGCAAAUUCUGAAUCCUUCUUAAUUACUGUCUCUACGAUUUUUCCACAUCAUAUAAAAGCUAUAUGAGAAGAACAAGAAUGGCCAUCAUAAACUCAGAUUCAACUUUGAGCCUUCCAAUAGGUACCAAAAACCCUCAAAACCAUAGAGUUUUAAUUGAAGAAAUCGGUGGCCUAAUUAGGGUUUACAAAGAUGGACACGUGGAAAGACCACAGAUCGUGCCAUGUGUGACGUGUACGUUGCCCCUUGAACUUGGGGUAACAUGCAAAGAUUUGGUAAUCGACAAGUUUACAAACAUUUGGGCUCGUUUUUAUGUCCCAAAAUGCAAUCUUGAGAAACUCCCUUUGCUUGUUUACUUCCAUGGAGGAGGGUUUUGUGUUGGUUCUGCGGCAUGGAGUUGUUACCACGAAUUUCUUGCAGUUUUAGCUCGUAAUGCUGGUUGUGUGAUCAUGUCAGUAGAUUAUCGUUUAGCACCUGAGAACCCUCUUCCAGCAGCGUAUGAAGAUGGCGAAAAGGCUCUGAUAUGGGUGAAACAACAAGCUUUAAGUGGAUCCAACAAAUGGUGGUUGAAGAACUGUGAUUUUUCUAACGUGUUUGUAGCAGGUGAUAGUGCUGGUGGCAAUAUAGCACAUAACGUGAGCUUAAGAUUAAGUGUCAAUUGGGCACAGCUAAAACCAUUGAUUUUCAAAGGUAACAUUCUAAUCCAACCUUUUUUUGGUGGAGAAUCAAGAACCAUUUCGGAAGCUCUCAUGGUCCAACCACGAGGCUCUGUGCUCAACCUAGUGGCUUCAGACACGUACUGGAGACUCUCGCUACCAAAGGGGGCAAACCGCGACCAUCCAUGGUGCAACUCGAGGGCAAAAAGGUCAAGUAAGUUGGACAGAAUGACAUAUUUGCCCACCAUGGUUUGUGUAUCCGAAUUGGACAUAUUGAAAGAUAGGAAUAUGGAAUUUUGUGGGGUUUUGAGAAAUUCAGGCAUACAAGUUGAGCAUGUGGUGUAUAAAGACGUGGGUCAUGCAUUCCAAAUCCUUGACAAAUCUCAAUUUUCACAAAUGCAAACACAGGAAAUGAUUUCUCACAUCAAGGCCUUCGUCAGCAAAAGGAUGAAUAGUGGAUGACCACUUAUAUAUCAUGUAUCAUGGCAUCUUUAAUUACCAGUUAAUUACCAAUAUAGUUUAACAGAUCAAUUAAGAUUAUUGUGAUUAAAUAGUAUGGAUUUCCUCACAUGCAUAUAUGUAUAUCAGUGCUUUUGUAUAUGGAUAUGUUUGUUAUUUACGGCAAUCGGCAAAUAUCAAAUAUGUACUUUUGUUCGAAUUAAUGGUGUCGUUGCCACA